UUAUAGUUCUGUGAAGUCGUUGGCAAGGUUUAACAACUAUUAAUUGAAUUCUUCGUCUUGACUCGCAUUUUCCACCGCUUUGGUGAAUAUGGGCGAUGUAGCAGUGGAAAGAACUACAGAACAAUUAGUUCAUCAAUAUUUUUCGCUGGGAUUCGAACAUAAGGAAAUCCUCAAUUAUUUAAAAAUAUUACAUAAUAGAUGUAUCUCAUUGCGUACAUUGAAAAGGAUUUUAGCCAAACUCCAUUUAUAUAGAAGGAAACAUUUUUCUAAUAUUGAGGAUGUUGUUAGAUUCAUGGAGGGCGAAAUUGAAAAAGGCUCCCAAUUACACGGAUAUAGAUGGUUUCACCUAAAAUGUCUUCAGAACGAUUUAGUGGUUAGUCAGUCCAUAGUUCGAGAGCUAUUAUGUUAUUUAGACCCUCAUGGAAUGGAACUUCGUAAAAGAAAGAGACUACGCCGUAGGCAAUAUUCCAAUAAAGGACCCAAUUAUUUAUGGCACAUGGAUUCUUAUGACAAACUGAAACCAUAUGGUAUAUGCAUUAAUGGUUGCAUCGAUGGAUUCUCACGACAAAUAAUUUGGCUUCAAGCAGGACCUUCAUCGAGCGAUUCCAAGGUUAUUGGUGGAUAUUACAUGAAUGCUCUAAAGAUGAUCAAGGGUUGCCCCAAAACUCUCAGAAGUGAUUUCGGUACAGAAAAUACCUUAGUUGAAAGAAUGCAAAAAGCUCUUCAUCAAACUUUCAACGAAGCCACAUCUGAGAGGCCACCUUUCCUUUACGGAAGCAGUACACAUAAUCAACGCAUAGAGGCGUGGUGGUCAAUACUUCGGAAGCAUAAUGCACAAUUCUGGAUUAACCUUUUCGAAAUGCUAAGAGAUGACAAUCUCUAUGAUGGAACAUUUUUAGACAAAUCUCUUGUACAAUUUUGCUUCAUGCAGCUUGUACAGAGGGACCUUGAUGAAGUUGUGCUGGAGUGGAGUGUUCAUAAAAUACGUCCUUCAAGAAAUAGUAAUAGUCCCUCUGGCAGACCAUGUAUCAUGUUUGAAAUGCCAUCGUUAUACCAGACACGGAGCUAUCUGAUAGAAGUACCAUCAUUCGCUCUGGACGCACUCAGUUUAGAUUGUUUAUUCCAGGAAUAUCCUUGUGACGAAGAGUUUUAUCAAUUAUGUGGUAUACUCAUGGCAGAAAAUGAUUUGAGAGCUGAAAACGAUCCAUAUAGUGCGAUAGACUUGUAUAUGAAUUUAAGAAGGAUAUUAAAGGAAAUUUUUGUCUGA